AUGCGGGCGGCCGUGGCGGUGUCGCUGUCGCUGUGCUGGCUCUGGGCGGCGGGGCACAGCCUGCCCCGGCUCCGCUUGUCCUACCGCGAGCUUUUAGGCACCAACCGCUCCGUCCUCUUCUUUGGCCACCGCGGCUUCCUGGGCUUCCGCUCGCUCUACCUGGAUGAGUACCGUGACCGGCUCUUCAUCGGGGGGAAGGAUGUGCUCUACUCCCUACUCCUGGACGGGGCCAGUGCAGAUGCCAAGGAGGUCUAUUGGCCACCCCGCCCUGGGCAGACGGAGGAGUGUUUUCAGAAGGGGAAGGACCCGGGGACUGACUGUGCCAACUAUGUCCGUGUGCUGCAUCCCUACAACCGGACACACUUGCUGGCCUGCGGGACAGGCGCCUUCCACCCCAUGUGCACCUUCAUCUACGUGGGGCACCGUGGCGAGCACACCUUCAGCCUGGACCCUGCCCGCGUGGAGACCGGCCGGGGCAGGUGCCCGCACGAGCCCAGCCGUGCUUUCGCCAGCACCGUCAUCGGUGGGGAGCUGUAUGCUGGCCUCACUGCAGAUUUCCUGGGACGCGAUCCCGGCGUUUUCCGCAGCAUGGGGACCCGCCCCGCCCUGCGCACAGAGGUGGACCAGCGCUUGCUCAACGAUCCCAAAUUUGUGGCAGCCCACUUGAUCCCAGACAAUGAUGACCGGGACAAUAACAAAGCCUAUUUCUUCUUCACGGAGAAGGUGGUGGAGGCAGACAGCAAGGAGCACACCAUCGUCAGCCGCGUGGGGCGCGUCUGCGUGAAUGAUGUUGGUGGCCAGAGGGUGCUGGUCAACAAGUGGAGUACCUUCAACAAGGCCCGGCUGGUGUGCUCAGUCCCCGGCCCUGGUGGCAUCGACACCUACUUUGAUGAGCUGGAGGAUGUCUUCUUGCUGAGGACGAAGGAUGGGAAGAGCCCGGAGAUCUAUGCCCUUUUCAGCACUGUCAGCCACGUUUUCCGGGGCUCUGCUGUCUGUGUGUACCGCAUGGCCGACAUCCGCGACGUCUUCAACGGGCCCUUUGCCCACCGAGAGAGCCCCCAGCACCAGUGGGCUGCCUACGAGGGCAGGGUGCCCUACCCACGGCCGGGCGUGUGUCCCAGCAAGACCACCAACCAGCCCCGGCAGCAGUACGGCACCACCAAGGACUUCCCCGACGAGGUGCUGCACUUUGCCCGCGCUCACCCCCUCAUGCACAAGCCCGUGUACCCCCGGCACCGCCGGCCCCUCCUCGUGAAGACAGACCUGCCCCACCGGCUGCGCCAGCUCGUGGUGGACAGGGUGGAGGCCGAGGACGGGCAGCACGACAUCCUCUUCCUUGGCACAGAUGCUGGCUCGGUGCUGAAGGUGGUGGUCACGCAGAAGACGAGCUCAGCCACGACUGAAGAAGUCAUUCUGGAGGAGCUGCAGGUUUUUAAGAUGCCUGUGCCGAUCACCCAGAUGGAGAUCUCCGUCAAGCGUCAAACGCUCUACGUGGGCUCCAGUCUCGCGGUGGCCCAGGUACGGCUGCACCAGUGUGAGUCCUACGGGACUGCCUGUGCCGAGUGCUGCCUGGCCAGGGAUCCCUACUGUGCCUGGGAUGGCACUGCCUGCACCCACGCCCAGCCCUCCAGCAAGCACCGCCAUCGCCGCCAGGAUGCCCGCCACAGCAACCCUGCACACCAGUGUCUGGACCAGAACCUGACCGUGGAUGAUUUUGAGAGCAUUGAGGAGAAGGUGCUUUACGGGGCAGAGGACAACAGCACCUUCCUGGAGUGCGUGCCCCGGUCCCCGCAGGCCAGCGUGCAGUGGUUUGUCCAGAGGCCCCCUGACGAGCAGCGGGACGAGGUGAAGACGGACGAGCGGAUCCUGCAGAUGGAGCACGGGCUGCUUUUCCGCAAGCUGCACCGGCACGACGCCGGCAUCUACUACUGCAAAACGCUGGAGCACGGCUUCACCCAGAUGGUGGCCAAGACCACCCUGGAGGUGAUCCCCAGCGAGCAGCUGGCACACACCUUCCCCCGGGGCCGAGGGGACAAGGUCCCACACCUGCUCUGCCCCGAUCCCCGGCUGGUGCCACAGGCUCCCAAAACCUGGUUCAAGGACAUCAUGCACCUCAUCAGCUCCCACAACCCUCGGCGAGUGGAGGAGUACUGCGCCCGCCUCUGGUGCAGCAGCCGCCCUCACCACCGCAAGAGCAAACUGGCCCAGGCCAAGCUGGUCCUGGCUGGUGUGGACGUGGCCAAGAAAGGACGGACAGCCAAACCCCACAGCGAGAGGAACCGUGUGCCCCGGCAAGCACCGCCCACUUAGAGAGGGCAGGGUCAUGGACGUGGGGCAGCCCUGGGCACGUACCAGCUCCCUGUGCUGCUGGUGGCCCCGGGGGCCUCUUGGCCUGCUGCGUGGCUUGCAGUGCUGCCAGCCUGCUCCCCCUGGCCCGAGUGGAUGGGCAAGUUCCCGUCACCCUCAGCGGUGGCAGGGCCACCCCACAAACAGGUGGUGAGGUGGGACUCGUUGGCCCCCGUUGCUCUUGCAGGUGAUGUAGCAGGUGGGGGCCGUAGUCCCUGGGUGGGCUGGGGCACAGUGGCACAGUGCCACCCAGGCCAUGCUGUCACCCAGAUGCUGGCUGGAUCCCUCAUGAAUACUGGGGCCGCGUGUGGUGCCAUGGGGAGUGGCUGAUGGCUCCAGGCUCCCUCCACAGCAGCACAGAGCCUGGGGAAGAUGAUGCCUGCUCGUGUGGGGGGGAAAGCCAGCAUCAUCCCAAAAAGCCUCUGUGUGCAGGAGGAGCCCUGUCACCAGCUGUGCCUGGGGAGCUGGAGCUGUGCCGUGCCAUCCAGGAUGUAUCUCAGGGGACAGCACUACUUCCUACCUUCCCUUGGCCCUGGGACACAUUCAGCAGUGCCAGCCUGUUUCUGGGUGCAGCUCCCCACCUCCCCUGUCCGCCCCACAGCCAGUUUUAUGGGACAAAAGCAAACAGCUGCGGGCAGGUUAGACCUGCUCCUGGGUAAACACUGGGAGAGGCGCUAAUGCCACCGCUGUCGCUGUGCCCAGGUGGGAGCAGGGACGGGCAGAAGGCAGCCCCAGCAGAGUUUGGGGGGCUGCACCACAGCUGGGGUGGUUUCUGCUGGUUGGUGGUCCCGCAGGGCUGCGUGGGACAUGGCUGGUUUGGGUGGGCUCCUGCUGCCUGGUGGAGCUAAACCAGCACCCAGGGCCUCCCCCAAACGCAGGGGUUGGGGGUAGGUGCAUGGAGGGCACCUCCAGGCUGCCUGCAAGGUGUUCCUUGCUUUCCUCAUCCAGCAUGAGCUCACUCACAGUCAGCCCCAGGUGAUAAAGAUCUGCCCCUUCCUGAGGCAGGGCAGCCCCACACAAUGGUGUGAACUGCAGCCCCGCCGGGACAGGCAUUGUUCAGAGCUGGAGGAACGGGAAAGAAAAAUAAUAAUAAUAAUAAUAAUUUAAAGGCCCUAAAUAGCUCACACAAAGCCAGUCGUGAUGUCAUCUCUCCCCCCUGGGUGCGUUUGUGCUGCAGCAGCGGCUCCCCGGGAGCAAAGUCCCUCAGCAGCACUGCCCCACACCACGGAGACUGGCGGGGGGUCCUGGCCCCCUUCUCCAGCGCCCUGUCCCACCUCUCCUGCAAGCUCUGUGUGUCUCCUGGGAUGGGAGAGCUGUGCUGGGGCUGGUAGGCUGGGACAUGUCCUGCAGGGAGGGGAGUGCUGCUGGUAGAGCUGAUUUAUGGGGCCAGACGGGAGGCAAGCACGUGGAUUUGGAUGAUCGCAGGCCUGGGGGGCACAGGAGAACAACAGCCAACAAGCAGAGACAAGGAGGAACCUGGGUGGGAAGCCAGAAAUGAGACAGGAGUCUGACUCCUCAGGGCUUGGAUUAAACAGCU